GUUCUUUACAGAACUUGAAGCAAGACAUCAGAACAACAUCUUUAUUGACGAUAUCAGUGAUAUAGUGGAAAAGCAUUCCUCUUCAACGUUUGAUCCCUAUGUCAAAUACUGCACCAAUGAAGUCUAUCAGCAGCGAACGCUGCAGAGAUUGCUAGCCACAAAUCCAGCGUUCAAAGAGGUGUUAUCACGGAUUGAGUCCCAUGAAGACUGCCGGAAUUUACCAAUGAUCUCUUUCCUCAUUCUUCCCAUGCAGAGAGUUACUCGUCUUCCCUUACUGAUGGAUACUAUUUGUCAGAAAACUCCCAAGGAUUCAUCGAAAUAUGAGAACUGCAAGCAGGCUCUGAAAGAAGUGAGCAAGUUGGUACGUUUGUGCAACGAAGGUGCUCGGAAAAUGGAAAGGACAGAAAUGAUGUACACAAUUAACUCCCAGCUGGAAUUUAAAAUCAAGCCAUUUCCACUGGUUUCCUCUUCACGCUGGUUAGUGAAAAGAGGCGAAUUAACAGCAUAUGUGGAAGACACUGGACUUUUUUCUAAAAGAACUUCUAAGCAGCAGGUGUACUUCUUCCUCUUUAAUGAUGUCCUUAUUAUCACCAAGAAGAAGAGUGAGGAGAGUUACAAUGUCACAGAUUACUCUUUAAGGGACCAGCUGGUGGUACAACAGUGUGACAGUGAGGACCUGUCUUCUCCUGUAAAGAACACUUCAGCUAUGCUUUACUCGCGGCAGACUUCUGCAGCUCACCUCUUCAGACUACUGGUCCUCAGUAACCACGCUGGAGAGAAGGUGGAGAUGCUCCUGGGAACAGAGAGUCAGAGUGACAGAGCUCGCUGGAUUACAGCACUUGGACAGGAUGGAGGUGGGCAGAAGAUGGACAGGACAACUUUGACUCAGGUAGAGAUCAUCAGAACCUACACAGCAAAGCAGUCAGAUGAACUCUCUCUCCAGGUUGCUGAUGUUGUUUUGGUUUAUCAAAAAGUAAACGAUGGUUGGUAUGAAGGGGAGCGGCUCCGAGAUGGUGAAAGGGGCUGGUUUCCUAUGGAGUGUGCUAAAGAGAUCACAUGUCGUGCCACAAUUGACAAGAACAUGGAGCGGAUGGGACGCUUACUGGGACUUGAAACCAAUGUGUAG